UCCAUCGUGGACAGCUAUGAGCGACGCAAUGAGGGCGUUGCCCGAGUUAUCGGGACUUUGCUGGGAACUGUCGACAAGCACUCAGUGGAAGUUACAAAUUGCUUUUCAGUGCCCCACAAUGAGUCUGAAGAUGAGGUGGCUGUUGACAUGGAAUUUGCUAAGAACAUGUAUGAGUUACACAAGAAAGUCUCUCCAAAUGAACUCAUCCUAGGCUGGUACGCUACAGGCCACGACAUCACAGAACAUUCUGUACUGAUUCAUGAGUACUAUAGCCGAGAGGCCCCCAACCCCAUUCACCUCACUGUGGACACCAGCCUCCAGAAUGGCCGCAUGAGCAUCAAGGCCUAUGCCAGCACUUUAAUGGGUGUCCCUGGAAGGACCAUGGGAGUGAUGUUCACACCUUUGACAGUGAGAUACGCAUAUUAUGACACCGAACGCAUUGGAGUUGACCUCAUUAUGAAGACCUGUUUUAGUCCCAACCGGGUGAUUGGACUCUCAAAUGACUUGCAGCAGGUUGGAGGAGCAUCAGCCCGCAUCCAGGAUGCCCUGAGCACAGUAUUGCAGUAUGCAGAAGAUGUGCUAUCUGGAAAAGUGUCAGCUGACAAUACUGUGGGCCGCUUCUUGAUGAGUCUGGUCAACCAAGUACCUAAAAUUGUUCCUGAUGACUUUGAGACCAUGCUUAACAGCAAUAUCAACGACCUGCUGAUGGUGACCUACUUGGCUAAUCUCACACAGUCACAGAUUGCCCUCAAUGAGAAACUUGUAAACCUGUGAACAGGCCCUAAGAAGCAUUCCUGCCACUCUAGGCUCAAACCUUGGGAGACAGAGUAAAGGAAAAGAUAGUUUCUUUGAGGCCUUGAGUCACAUUGAAUCAGGCAACUGGAUGACUUAAUCUAAAUAAACAUACCUUGCCUUUUGUA